UUGUUUGGAGCCGCCUUUCCUUAUAAUCUGAAAAUGACGAAAAUGAGAUGUUAUGUACCUACAUGAAUUACUAAAAAUUAAAUGUGCCUCGUGUUGUCUUAGUGUAGAAAUAUACCAAUAGGCUAUAUAUAACUUUAUUCUGUGAAAUAUACCACAAUGGCCGAGGUAGGAAAUAAAAAGACCGUCAAAAUAGUAGUCCUAGGUGAUAUAGGAAGAAGUCCACGUAUGCAGUACCAUGCACUGUCCUUGGCAAGUUCUGGACUCAAUGUAAAACUUAUUGGAUAUUUGGAGACAGCCCCACUUCAGGAAAUACAAGAGAAUCCUUACAUAGUUAUAACUAAACUGAAUCCCCUAAAGUUAGACAGUGGACCUAAGCUCGUACAGUAUUUUGUGAAAGCACUAUGGCAAGCGAUAAGUUUAUUCCUAACAUUGUUAAUAACUGGAAACUGUGAGUACUUGUUGUGUCAAAAUCCUCCUGCUAUACCAACCUUGCCAGUAUGCAGGUUCUACUGUUUGGUAACUAAAACAAGAUUUGUUAUUGAUUGGCACAACUAUGCAUAUUCCAUUAUGGCAAUAACUUUAAGUCCUAGUCAUCCUCUUGUUAAAAUAUCCAAAUGGAUCGAAAGAUUCUUUGGUCAAUCUUCUCAAAGUAACUUGUGUGUUACAUAUGCAAUGAAGCAAGAUCUGAUAGAAAAUUGGGAUAUCUCUGCAACAGUAUUGUAUGACAGGCCUCCAAAAAUAUUUCAUCCAAUUAACAUUCAUGAAAAGCAUGUUUGGUUUCUCAAGAUUGGGGAACAAUAUACUGAGUUCAAAGGUGACCAGAAUAGCAGAACAGCAUUCACUGAAUUGAUUGGUAAUAUGGUGAAUUUAAGGUCUGAUAGACCUGGACUGCUCUUCAGCAGCACUAGUUGGACUCCUGAUGAAGACUUUGGCAUUUUAAUGAAUGCACUCCAAGUCUACGACACCACCUACAGCCUUACAAAGAGGUUACCAAAGUUGGUUUGUGUAAUCACUGGAAAGGGACCAAUGAAGGACCACUACAUAAAGAAAAUGGCAGCCCGUGACUGGCAACAUGUACAAGUGGUGACUCCUUGGUUGAAGGCAUGUGAUUAUCCUACCAUGGUGGCCAGUGCCGACCUAGGUGUGUGUCUGCACACCAGUUCCUCUGGUCUCGACCUUCCAAUGAAAGUGGUGGAUAUGUUUGGAGCUGGUCUACCUGUGUUUGCUUGUCAUUUUAAGUGCAUUGAGGAGCUUGUCAGUAAUGGCAAAAAUGGCUACACAUUUAAAAGUAGUGAUGAACUUGCAAAACAAAUUAUAACAUGGUUUGAAGACUUCCCAAACAACACUCAUAUGAACAAACUGUCGGAAACCAUGAGGAAAAAUCUUGAAAAGUUUCAGGAAACUAGAUGGGAGGACAAUUGGAAUUUAAGAGCAAAGAAAUUCUUUGAAAAUUAACUUUGAGAUUAUAAUUAAUGCAGCAUUACUUUUGUAAAUAUAAUAUUAUGUAUACUUGAUUACUAUA